AUGGUCAUGGUAUUUCGUAUUCCCACUGAUCUUUGUAUGCAGAAAAUGGCAACAACAACAAGUGAAAUUCCUCUACCUGCCAAUAUACAACCUCAUGUUAGUACCACAUUAGCAUGGGAUAAUAUUGACAGACUCGAAGAGACUCUUUCAGGUGAAGGCACUUCACACCGUGUAAACGGCAUAGCAGUACAGGCGAGAAAUUUGGCCCCCAUCCCCUCACAGAGCAGCCACCUGGGAUCACCAAAAGUAAGCAAAGGAGUAUUGAGCCACUUGAUGUUGUUGCUCUACCCAUUUACAAUGCAGGUGAGCGUCAAGCGCCCUACGCCAAGAGCAUAUGUUGAAGUAAACGACCAGGAAGCGUUAGAAAAUGCCCGAAGAAAAAACCUUUUGUGGGUUUUAGUGCGCCUACAUGCACAGGUGAGCCAGAAAGUUAGUGGAUGGACUGGCUAUAACAUUUUGGUGCGCAACGAAAUUGAGGCUCGUCAAGAUAAUAUCGGAUACCUCCCCACCAUUGAUGCGCCUGCCACUAGCAUAUCAACUGUUCAUGAGAUUUUGGUCUGCUCCCAGAAGAUAAGAGAAGCUCUUGAACUGAAGAGCAUAGUACUCGUAUUUGAUCAAGCUCUGUAUGCCAAGGCAACAGAGAUAGCUUGGAAACAUCCAGACAAGUUUUCAGAUAUUGUUAUUCGGAUGGGUGUCUUCCAUACAGUGUGCACACUUCUGUCCAUAAUCGGAAAGAGAUUCCAAGACGCUAGUUUAAGGGACGUUUGCAUUGAAUCAGGGGUAAUUGCUGAAGGUUCUGUGACAGGAGUUCUUGAAGGACGUAGAUACAACCGUGCUGUCAGGUUUCAUAAACUGAUGUAUGAAGCACUCCAAAGACUUAUCUGGAAAGGAUUUCAGACGUGGGUAUACGUAGAAGUAAAGUUCCGCGAGAAGAAACAGUUUAUCCAAGAUUUCUUUGCCGGAUUGAAACCUUUAUACGAUAACCUGUGCCAAAAGGAACAACAGAGGGUCUUGGAUAGUCAAAGUUUCCCAGAGUUUAUCACACUGUACGAUAUGUACCUCGACUAUCUACGCAAUAACAACGGGAAACUAUCUAGUUUCUGGAUGUGAUACAUUGAUCUCGUGGAUAUUCCUCUGAAUAUGGUGAGAGCAUCAAGAGAAGGGCAUUGGGAGCUACAUUUAUCUGCCAUUGAACAAAUGAUACCAUGGUGCUUUGCCUAUGAUAACGUAAAUUCUGCCCGCUAUUUACCUGCAUACCUGUCUGAGAUGACCCACCUCGAAGAGACCCAUCCUGAGGCUCAUGAAUUUCUUAAGUCUGGUGGAUUCUCGGUCCAGAUCGUUGACCAGAACCCCUUUGGUAGGGUUCCAGUUGAUCAAACAUGCGAGGAGACGGUCAAUAAGGACACCCAGACAGCCGGGGGCACCAAAGGCUUCAGUCUUAAAGCAGGAGCAGUUAGCAUGUAUUAUAUAGUUUCUGAAUUUCGCAGUAUUUUUUUGAAGCAGCUGAGGGACAUGCUAAAUCUAAGCAAAUCCAAUUCUGCGCAUACUGAUCUUCAAAAAACAAGAAUUGCAAGAGACGAGGCUGACGUGAAGUCGCUGAUUGCUAUGCUAGAAAGCAACUGGAUAAAUCCAUUCAGUGCUGAGCAGCAGGAUUUGGUAUGUUUGUCCACCGGAAAGGUUGCCACCCAAAAGAUAGAGGAAGACCUGUUGGGCGCAAAAGCUACCGGGGAAAAGGCAUACAAAGAAUUUCGUGCACAGCGCUUGGAGGCAAAUCCGCCAGUCAAAUUUCACGAGACCCUGAAGAAAUCAAAGCUGAAGACAUUCUCUGAACUUAACAAGAAGGUGAAAUUCAAGAGUAAAACAGCAAACGAGAUCAUCCUAAAAGCUGAUAGAGCUCGUUUUGGUCAAAUGGUUAUAAUUGCAGAAAACAGACAACUUCACAUGAGAGAUGUCCUCUGUCAUCCGUUGGGACCUCUUCCUUGGGCACUAUCCGUAGUAGAUGGGUCACUACGGAAAACCAGCAAAGCAGCACUAGCAAAGGAGCUGCAAAAGAAUGUACCUGCUGCGGAGGAAAUUGCUCAGCCAUCUGCAUGCAUCAUAGAUGGCAUGGUACUAGUUCAAAGGUUGAAAGGUGACCAUAAGAAGUUUUCGGAUGUUGCUGAGUCCUUGUUUGGAAUUGUUCUACAUGAGGGUGCGUCCUCGAAGAGAAUUGACGUUAUCUUCGAUGUAUAUAGGGAGAAUUCAAUUAAGAAUACAGAAAGAGAGCAUCGAGGGGCUGAGUAUGGAAAUGAAUUUAGAAAUCUCCAACCCGACCAUAAGGUGCAGCAUUGGAGAAAGUUCCUUCUGGAUCCACAGAAUAAGAAAGCCUUAACAAUAUUUGUGUCCAAAGAAUGGAAACAAGACAAGUAUAAAAAAAAAGCUCACAGGCAAAGGUCAUAUUUGUAG